GCAGCUGCGUGCGCGGCCGAGCGCUCGCUGCGCGCGCAGUCCCCGCCCGGCAGCGCCCCCCGCAGGCCGUGCACCAUGCGCUCGCUGCCCGCGCUCUGCGCCGUGGCGCUCGCCGCCGCGUGCGUCGCCUCCGCGCUAGCCAGCCCGCCCAGGAGGAGCGACAGAACAGGAAAGCCAGAUGUCAUUCCUCCACGGAAUCCCAAGCUGUCGGAGGACGACCCCGACAUCAGCCGAUCACGGAAUCCGAGACACCCGGAUGCGUCUGGUGAAACGAAGAGGUCGUUCACUGCAGACACCUUCCAGAAAACAUCGCACCCCAGGAAUAAUGCCUUUCUCAAAAGCUUUUCCAAGAGUAAGAAGUUACGUCGAACAGGAUUCGGGAAGGCACACGAGCGUGUCUCCUUCCUCACCCGAUCGGAAGGGGGUGUGGCACUCAUCAACACUGCUCUGUCCAUCCAAAUAAAAAAAUGUAAACCAUUUCCUAAAGUAGUACCAAAUAUCAUUGUCACCUGCAGCAAUUCUUCACGGAAAUGCGAAGCAACGUGCAAGAAAGGCUACAAAUUUGAAGAUCACAAUGAAAGUACCGUUAAUUUCUUUUGUCGGAACGGCCAAUGGGUGAAUUCAACAGAGCGGGAGAAGGUCUUUCCCCUUUGUAAAAGAAUCUGAAGACACUGAAGACCGAUGAUAACUCUUCAAUAUUUGAAGAACAAAAGUUAGCUGAGUGUGCAGGGAUGAAUAAGCAAAAUUUACAUGAAACUGAAACUUCUUUGACGUAGUACGUAACUAAAGUUUCCCAGAUAAGACCCAGCAAAGACCAAUAUAAAAUGUCAUUUCAGUGGAUAGAACAGUCUUCUACUUUAUAACAAACUUUUCAUUAUGCCAUUAGGUCCUACUUUUAUACCAAUACUUUUCUAAAAUAAUAAAUACUCUAACAAUAAACUAUGUGUAUUGUAUGUCACGUGCUUGAACGACUAAUAUUUGUUAUUUUAUGAUUAUUCUUUUUAAGAUUGAUCAAAGUUGUCCUGUCUGUCAGCUACUUGACUAGAUAAAAACAAACAUUUGUAAUACAAAGAAGUAAGAUAUUUUCUACAUUUUGUGUAUUUGACUUUCGAUUACAUAUAGUUACACUGAGAUAUGUUUCAUGAAAAUAUAUGAUGAUAGGAGAAAAUAUAAAGAUAAAACAUUUUACAGAUGUCAUUUUGCUAUUUCUAUACAAUAAGUAGAUUUCAUGAAAUUAACAUUAUCGCAAAAAGGUAAUAAAAAUGUUGUUCGAUGUGAAAAAGAAGGACGUAUUGCUAAAUGUAUGUUUACAUUAUGAAUAAAUGUAAUACGAGUAAAUAAAAAAUAUAUCUCAAAAC